CUGUCCUGUCAUGGAUGUCGGAAGGGAAGUGCCUCAGAAACUUACCCUGGGGAAGGGAGAGGGAGGAGGCUUUGCAUAACAGCCUUCAAACCAGUCUCUCCUGUGCCCUACGCAGGCGUUUGGGGAUGCAGUGCUGUUUCUGCAGGAAAUUUGCCCCAGUGCUCUUGGCUAAAACACUCAUUCAUAUUGCUUAAUCAGCCGAAAAGUGUCUGGCUCCUUUCUUUGCUCAAAAGCUGGCCGUGUUCCAGGGAUGCUGUGUGUCACCUUUGGCAUAGUAUCAGAUCAAGACGUGGGAAAAACUACAUGUAUUCCUUUAGGAGCUAUAAGGCCUAACUGGCCUAUGCAUUUGAAAUUGUACUGGGUGGAUCUUUCAGAAUAAGACACGAUUUUAUAUUGAAGUCAUAAUAAACUCCUCCUGUUUGUGGACAGCCAGCAUCCUGCUGAACGGGCAUCAAAAAAUGCUCCCGUCCGUGUUGCUUUGCUGGAAGAAGUGUGGGGAAGAAAUAGGAGGGAGAGAAGAGCUUGCCUGUGAACGUGAGGGAGAAGCUGGGGUAGUGUGUCUGGUGUUAACCAGCCUCUGCCCAAACUGGAUGCUCCUGUGGGAAAGCAGCCAUCUGCAUGUCUCCUGCAGAGAUGCCAGCUGUUGAGAUGAAGUGCUCCUCCCUGAUUUCAAGUGGGUUUCUCUGCCCUGACAGGUGUAUCCAGGGCCUUUGUUGCCAUUUGGAAAGGGAGAGCGUGCUCACUUCCUCUGCUUGUGUGCACUUCAUGGAGAGGUGUGGAAAGUCAGUCUCUGAGGAGAGCAGUCAUCGUGCCUUAAUCUUUUUGAUGCAGGGAACCCAACUGGUUUUAGAAGAAGUCAGAUUUGGUUAUGACUCUGCCUGGUACGGCAGUAUUCACCUCAACACAGCACCUUCUGCACAUUUGCAGGCUGACUACUUGAAGGUGGCAGAUCUGGGUCUUCUCAUCCAGUGUCUCUCACAAAAUAAAAGGAAGGGGAAAGAUAUCACUUGGAGUGUCUCUGAUAAGGUCUGAGAAGUGCUAGCAGUCCUGGUACAAGGAAGUGGCUUCACCUGAAACCAAACUGGUUGUUCUUUUGCCAGUCAUAGAGGAGGAGAAACUAAUGUAAAGCAGGUGACCAUGCAGAAUGCAGUUCAGGUGUGGUUUGGAGAUGACCUUCCCCUGAGUCCCCGAAGUCCUCUGACUCCGAGACACGGGCCGGGUUUGGCAGAUGUGUGCCUGUAUGACCAGUGGAUCUCUGUGCGGCAUGAAGCCACUUUAGUGCCUAUGCAAGAAGAUCUCUCAAUUUGGCUGUCUGGCUUGCUGGGAAUGGAAGUCAAAGCAGAACAGCUGCUAGAAGAACUUGAUAAUGGGGUUCUGCUUUGCCAAUUGAUUGGUGUUCUUCAAAACACAGUUAAGAAAUGUUGUAGCACAAAUAACUUAAGGAAUUUUCCUAUGAGAAAAGUUCCAUGUAAGAAGGAUGCUCCAUCGGGAUCUUUUUUUGCCAGAGAUAAUACAGCCAACUUUCUUAACUGGUGCAGGGCCAUUGGAGUUGAUGAGACUUAUCUCUUUGAAUCUGAAGGUUUAGUGUUGCACAAGGAUCCAAGACAAGUAUAUCUUUGUCUGCUGGAAAUUGGCCGCAUUGUAUCUGGGUAUGGCGUUGAACCUCCUGUACUUGUAAAACUAGAGAAGGAAAUUGAGCUAGAAGAAACCCUGCUGAUGACCUCUGGGCCACCAUCACCCAUUAGCACACCAAAGUCAUGUUGUCACCAUGGGGAGCUACACGAGGCAGUAAAACAUAUAGCAGAAGAUCCUCCCUGCAGUUGUUCCCAUCGAUUUUCAAUUGAAUACUUAUCAGAGGGACGUUAUAGGCUGGGAGAUAAAAUACUCUUCAUACGAAUGCUACAUGGCAAGCAUGUGAUGGUACGUGUUGGUGGAGGCUGGGACACUCUUCAAGGUUUUCUUCUCAAAUAUGAUCCAUGCCGAGUGCUUCAGUUUGCAACUCUGGAACAAAAAAUCCUGGCAUUUCAGAAAGGGGUCACCAGUGGCAGUGUCCCCAGCUCGUCAGCCAGAAAUCAAGAGCCUCCUGUUAUGAAUCCAAUGUCAGCUGUCAAUAUGUUUCAAAAGCAGCCAUCAAAACCUCCUGCUCCUGUUUUAGGUCUUGGGGCCAGUGCCAAGAAGGCUUUAUCUAAAUGCCCUCAGUCCCCUGCGCUGGCAUCACCAAGAGUGCCAGUGACCCCAUCUUCCACUGCCAAGUCAUCGACAGUCAGGUCCAAAUUACAAGGGUCUUCAGUGACAGGUGUGCAGUCUCCUUUCAAACCAUUAGCUGGCACCUCAAAGAAGCUGGAGUCUCCUGCAUGCAACUCACCAGCUUCCACUCCUUCACAGGCUGGAAGCAAAAGUUCUUCAUGUGCUGGAACAAGAACAGCUCUUGUUCCCUCUGAAAUAUUGCACAAACGUAUUCAGUCCCCCAAUGCUACCAAGGCGAAAUUUGCCAUGCCUCGGGGUUCCCCAGCGCCUGCACUCCACCCUGCCCUCUCACCCUCUAAAAAACAACCAUCUCUCCUGUCUGGGACAGCUGGAACAACGACUUCAAAGCAGAAGUGUGUCCCUGCUAAAUGCAAACCUGUAUCUGCCACUAAAACCAAAGCAAAUUCAGUCGUUCCCAGGGGUGCUCGGCUGCCAGUUACAAAUCUGUGUGCUGUUGCCAAGUUUGCACAUUCUCAGCAGCUCCUUGCAAAACCUCCUGAAAAUGAUAUUCAGAUCUCAGGUGCUAGGUCUCAGCAUCCUCAAAAAGUCCCACAAACAACUUCUCACCUAGCAAGGAACUUGAAAACUGCUUCAGACCUAAAACUAUCUGCUUCUGCACCUUCCCUCCCAGUUAGCAAAGCAUCAAAGUCACCACCUUCAUUGUUACCUACAAGCAAAAAUGUGUCAUCAGCUGGCAGUAAGCAGCCAAAUGCCAGUAAUCCCCCUCAGGCUGCACCCUCUUUAGCCAAACCUGCUGAACGCACGCCUUUAUCUGUUGUACGGCUUCCUCAAACUUCAGCCAAAGCAGCAGUGGCCAAAAAGCCAGCACAGCCUUCCACAAAAGGUCAGCAUUCAACCAAAAACUUGCAAACGAGCAAAAGCUCAGCCCCAGCCAAGAAGCCGCUCCCAAAGGAGCAGGUGUACAACAAAGGAACGGCUGGUGUGUCAAAAGUUCCUCUUCUGAAGAGCAGGCAAGAUGAUCACUAUUUUGUUAUGACAGGGAGUAAAAAGCCCAGAAAGUAAACUAAUUUGUUACUUUCUGUGGAAGUGUCUGUUUUGUUCAAAGGGGCCUCUUCUGCUUCACUGAGGGCAAGGAAAAAAAGUUAAAUAACACUACAUUUAAUAAGAAAUUUUGGUAUAACCUGCCUUUUGCUGCCUAACUUACUCUAAGAGCUGUGUUUAUUUUGCGGUUUAGAAACUUCUGUUUGGACAUGUUUAGAAGUGAGCUUGCUCGCUCUGUAGCGCUGUGGAGUAGCAAAUAUCCUUGACCUGCUGUAGAAAAGAGUGGGAGAGGAAAGGGGAGUUAAGGCUGCUGCUUUUGCUGCUGCUCAUUUUCAAGGGAGUGGAGCCUGCCCGAGAAACAUCUAUCCAGGGCAGAGCCUUGGUGACUCUGGUGGUUCUGACACAUCUACACUGAGGUGUGUGGCAAGCAACAGAGCCGUGCACAAGCUGUAAAAUUUCUAAUACCUCAAACAAAACUGUGGGUUUUAGUUCACUGGUAUCCCAGAACCCAAAUCUGGGUCACAUGUUUAAGAAGAGAAAGAAAUUUCUAGUCGUUUUGAUUUGACAGAUGCUGUUAUCAGUGUUCACUGUGCCCCCCCCCCCCCCCCCCAUAUGCCUUAAAGUGGAUUCAGCUCGCUUGAAAGUGGAGCUUGGUUUGUUUUAAAUUGUAAUCAUGGCCUUGAUUUCUCACUUUUGUUGUGCCUUAGCCUCUCAAAUUUAGAACAGAACUCUUCAGUGAGCAAUAUUGCCUUUAAAACCCAGGGCAGAUAACCUUGCUUAGUCCAUGUUCAAAUCUGACUGUAAGUGAGCCCAAGCUUUCCUAGAAAGCUCUUGCUGCAUGGAGAGAUGCUCCUGAGUUCCUGGGAAAACAGUUUCCCCUGGGCUGGAGCCCCAUACCAGCUCCUUCUCCUGGGCUGGAGCCCCAAAACAGCUCCUGCUGCAGCAACACUGAGCUGUAAGCACUGACCUGCUCUAGCAGAGCUUUACUGCUCUGCAGGAGUGGCCUUUGCAUGUAAGACUGAAUUGCUAAAUACUUUUUUCAGUGCUACAGGUUAAUUUUUGUGGGCACUCUAGUCUGCAGUGGCCUUUCUUGUUUUAUUUACGGAGACCUCUUUCCUGGCUCUCCUCUAUCGCUCUCUGGAGUGAGAAGUAGUUUCCCCAAAGAGGAAUGUAGGACUGCGUUUGCCUUUAAGCAUCUUAAAGUGCCAGAAAGCUAUGCACUGUUUGCACUCAGCUCCUGAAAUCUUUCAGUGGCUUGAACAUCUGUGGUGCUCACCACCUUUACCCUUAAGAGAAGUGAGCUUCAUGGUAGAUUGAAAACUACUGUCUUUGGGACUAAUGCUGUUUGAGUUGUUUUUGGGUUUAAUGAACAGCUGUCCCUACAGACAUUGAGGAGCUCUGAAGGUCUGGGAAGAGACACUGAUGAUUUCCACAGACCAUCACUUCUGCCCUCCCUUCCCAGUCUAUAUAUGGGGAGGAGUGGGUGUGUCUGCCAUAGAGGCUCCUGGAUGGUGGGACAGGGAAGUCUUUUUAAAGGGAGAAGAAUUCCAUGGAAUAUGUAAUUUCUGUUGUUAUGGGGUUUUAUUUUUGAUUUUUUUUUUCCCCCGGAAUAGAGUAAGCAAGUAUCGUAAACUGCGUUCUCAUGCGCUGUGGCAGAGUCAUAGAGCUGCCUUUCUGAGCAUCUUGUUAGCUUAUUUUAUUUAAUUUAUGAUUCUAUUUAUGCAUAUCUACUGUACAAUACUGCUCACAACCUGCUGGGAGUAAGCAGUAGAUGCCAGUAUCCAAACUGUAGGAGGAAAACAUCAAUUUUGAUAACGUGGACACAGGUCCCACAAGAUCACAUACAAAGUUGUAUGUUUGGGGAAGGCCUUGGGCUUGCUUGUUUUUUAAGUACACUGGUCAAAGCCUCUGCUACAAUGUUAGGCAGAGUAUUGACUAUAGUGGAUUGCUGUCAGGUUUGAUAAAUCUGGCACAGGGUUUCAUAUGCUGAAAGCAUUUUACAGUAGAUGACUUGCUUUUGACUUUUGGGCUUCCAAAUGGUGAGUUACAUGGGAUAUAUCUCAUGCAGAUUAAUAGCUGAUUCUUGGGGUCUCUUUCUGUAAUGGUCUGGAAGAGAUGGAGUUACCUUUCUUCAUAGCAUUGCAUAUGGGGCUGUGUCUUAGAUUUAAAAUCUAAAAUAACCCACUCAUGUUUUGGCUGUUGCUGAACAGCCCUUGCCAGGGUCAAGUCUUUCUUUUUCCUGCUCUGCCCCCACAGUGAGUAGGCAAGUGAUUGGGAGUGACAUGGCUGGGAACUGAGCAACCUGAAUGGGCCAAAGGGCUAUUCCAUAUCAUAGAGCAUCACCUGAACAAUAAAAAGAAGGAAGAGGUAGAGAAAGAAGGGGGUGCAGGUUGUGUGGCUUCUGAGGUGGCUGUUUGCCAGCUGGCUGGGCAUCAGUCUGUCUGUGGGUGGUAGUGAGGGAUUGCCUUUGCAUCACUUGGUGGUUUACUUUUCAUCUUUCCUCCAUUCAUUAAACUCUUUAUCUCAGCCACCGAGUUUUGCUUUUGCUGCUCCUCUCUCCUUAUCUUGCCGGGGAUGGAGGAGAGAUAAGGAGAGUGAACAGCUGCACAGGCACUUGGCUGCUGGGUGGGGUCAACCCACAGCACCUUUUAAACCCUUUACAAGGUUUUUAGCAGCAAUUUAAAGACUGAGGCUCUUGGAUCUCAAUGUAGGGCAACUUUAACAUCUACCUUUUUGAACUACAGAGAAAAUUAAGCAAAUGACUUCAUCUUUGUGAUUUAUUAUGUCAUGUAAUAGACUGAAUUUUAAAGUUCAAAAUGAAAUAAAAAUGCAUAAGCUGUUGCAGUUGAAACCUUAAUCAGCUAAUCUAAAGAUCUCACCCAUUACACAUGGGUAGACUUGGUUUUGUUUUAUUAUAAAAACAGUGUAUUUAUGCAUGAUCCAACUUCUGUGAAAAUUGCAGUCACCAACUGCAUAAUUGCAUUCUAACUGCGUCAUGGAACACAAGGUGAGCCAAGAAUAAGGUCUAACAAAGUACCUCCUAAUGGAAAUACAUACUGUUUUUGCAAUGUUUAUGUUGUCAAAUAGCAAGUCUAAUCUUCAGUUUAUAUUACUUUUUGUGAGGGAAAGAUAAUUUGGAGAAAGAAUCUGACUGAAUUCUCCAUGUGAUAUCGAUGUUCUCUGUAUGAAUACUUAUUUAAAAUAAACAAACACUGCACCUUUUAA